ACUUUCACGCACAAGUCACAUCACGCCAUCGGAAUCUCCUGCAGCUGCGCAGACCCUCCGCACUCAACUCCAGCGCCGGCGUCACACCAGGGGUUUCCGGGGCGAUCUGCGCGGAUUGAGUCGAUUUAUUUAUUUAAUUGCUCCUUAUAUAAUCCGCACCGACCCAAAACACACACAGACAGACGCCAACUGAUCGUCCUCUGCGUCUCCGGGCGCCCAUGCCGUAAUAAGUCUUGUUGACAGAGCUGAAUCGGCAGUGCUGACCCACAGCGUUGGUGGCCGUCUCACUCACGGACACAGCCGACGGCAGACAGUGGUGACAGCAGAGCAGCCGCUGGCUCCACAUCCUCCUACGUCCCUUCAUCGCGUCUGACAUGACGGACCCCAGCCUCACGUCGCCCUCUGGAACGCCGCUGCGCUCCCCCAGCUCCCCCCUCGCCCUCUCCUUCCCCUUCCCCAGGCAGGGGAACCGGGCGUGGCAGGAAGGGAGGGAGCCCCCGCUUCCCCGGGACCUGCCCAGCCCGCUGCCGACCAAACGCAACCGCACCUACUCAGCUACGGUCCGCGCUCAGUCGGGUCCGGUUUUUAAGGGCACGUGUAAGAACUUCUCCAGAUCACAAGGCCAUGGCUUCAUCCAGCCGUCCCACGGUGGAGAAGACAUCUUCGUUCACAUCUCAGACAUUGAGGGGGAGUACGUCCCAGUUGAGGGCGAUGAGGUCACAUACAAAGUGUGCCGGGUCCCCCCUAAGAACAUUAAGGUGCAGGCCGUGGAGGUGAAGAUCAUACACCUCAACCCGGGGACGAAACACGAGACCUGGUCCGGACAGAUCAUUAGCUCGUAGGAACUGAUAUCUGCCCCUGGUGGACGGCGACGCUCCAGGUUGGAUCGGUGGGGAUGGCAGAGGUGCUCCUGGACUCUUUCGCUUUGUUUUCUUUGUUCUGUCUUUUGGACAUAUCUGUUAUUCUACUCUACGUCAGUCAGAGCUGAAUUGAAAUUGUUACCAGUGCAGGCAGGUAGUUACAGACCGAACUGAUCUUUUCUGUUCAAACCACAGUUACAGUAAGCUACUCUGCCUUUGGCACUGAAUCUAACUAAUGGAAAACAAAUCCCUUUUUGUGUUAUUUAUGUUUAUGUUGAUUACUAAAUCGAAGCUGGGACCAUAAAAUAACCCGACUUUGGAGUGUCAGGAGUUUUCAGUGUCGCAUUGUUCACAUUAUGUGUAGAAAACAAGAAAGACUGAGAACAUCAAUCCUGCCGUUGUGCAGACUGCAGUGUGUGUUUGUGUGAGAGGAGGCAGUUUUACUUCCCCUCUUAGCUGUUUCUGCAUUGUCUUCUGUACUUCAUCAAAGUUGCCAGGGUCACAUGUUUGCUGCAAGUGCUCAUCAGGGGACUUAUCCCAACCUGCGCUGUCGCUACAUCAAAGGUAUAAUUUAAAAUGCGUAUUUUAAACAAAGACAACAGCAGAUGCGAAAGCAAGAGAUGUCAAGAUGGCCAUCUUUAACAAUAAGACGGGGUUGGUCAUUGGUCCAGGAAAACAGGGGAAACUAUGAGGACGUUUACACCUGCUCCCAUCAUAGGAUGUGUCAGACGAAUGGUUUCAGAUCAUCAUUUGAAAAAGUUGAUGUGACAUACUUUAGAUUAGAGAAAUUUUUAAAGUUUGGAGUAAAAUUUGGAGUAAAUAUGGGAAC